AUGCUGUGCUUCCUGGUGUUCGCCACACUGGUCAUUUGUGGACACAGCACGCAGGACUUUCCAGAAACGAAUGCACGGGUAGUUGGAGGGGCUGAGGCCCAGAGGAAUUCCUGGCCCUCUCAGAUUUCCCUCCAGUACUCUUCUGGGGGGUCCUGGUCUCACACCUGUGGAGGGACCCUCAUCAAACGGAACUGGGUGUUGACAGCUGCUCACUGUGUGGACAACCAACUGACCUUCCGUGUGGUGGUUGGAGACCACAACCUGAACCAGAACGAUGGCACCGAGCAGUAUGUGAGUGUGCAGAAGAUCGUGGUGCAUUCAAACUGGAACAGCAACAAUGUGGCUGCCGGCUAUGACAUCGCCCUGCUGCACCUGGCCCAGAGUGUCACCCUCAAUAGCUAUGUCCAGCUGGGUGUUCUGCCCCAGGAAGGCACCAUCCUAGCUAACGACACUCCCUGCUACAUCACUGGCUGGGGCAGAACCAAGACCAAUGGGCAGGUGUCCCAGACCCUGCAGCAGGCUUACCUACCCACCGUGGACUAUGCCACCUGCUCCAAGUCUUCCUACUGGGGCUCCACAGUGAAGCAGACCAUGGUGUGUGCUGGUGGAGAUGGAGUUCGCUCUGGAUGCCAGGGUGAUUCUGGAGGCCCUCUCCACUGCUUGGUGAAUGGCCAAUAUUCUGUCCAUGGAGUGACCAGCUUUGUGUCUAGCCUGGGCUGUAAUGUCUCUAAGAAGCCCACCGUGUUCACUCGGGUCUCUGCUUACAUCUCUUGGAUCAAUAAUGUCAUUGCCUCCAACUGAACAUUUGCCUGAGUUUAAUGGCCUUCUCAAGAUGGCUCUUGAACCUGCAGUAGGACUUGAGGUCAAUAAGAAAAAAAACAGGGCUGAGGGUAGCUCAAUGGUAGAGUGUUUGCCUAGUAUGCAAAAAGCCCUGAGAUGGGGCAGAGAGUGG